AUGAAUCGCUCUAUAGCUGAUUUGUUCAAGUCACACCUGUUUCAUGUUGACCUGAAAAAGCACGAAGUUGAAGUUAGCUCGAAACCAUUAGAUUCAGGAUCCGGCCCCGCAGCCCAGGAAUUCCAACGCCAGCCCAACAGUUCGGGAGCACUCAAUUCGAUAAUGGAGGAAGAGCGCUCUCUAUCGGGAUCGAACCUUUCGGAAAGUGCGUCAGAGGACAGCACUCAAACACACAUCAGCUCCAAAAACGGCAAGCUGCGUAACCUGAAAAAUCGAAUUUCGAGCUUCCCAGAUCUUAAAUUUCGAUUAACAUCAGGUACUUCUAGCCCUGGAGACACGCCAUCCGAUUCUGGCUCUGGUUCAGCUCCAGCUUCAGCUAUUGAAACACAUCAGCACCCGAGUAAGUCCAAAAGUCCUGCGUUCAAAAUCGUUCCUAAAAAUCGCAGUAAUAAUAAGUCCACAUCCUCAUCAUUAAGUUUGACAUCUCUGGAUAAGCCGCCUGUAAUCAAUAUUGAAGAUGGCCGUGUACCAAUUGAUCGUGAUACCCCAAAGCAAAAUCCGAUGUGCUCCUCUGAGAAACGGCAGAGUUUAUCGAGCAUCACUAGAAUCAACACUGCAUCUUCCAAUGGGUCUUCGGUGCGAUCCGGGCUUUCAACUUGGAAAAGAAAGGGCUUAAUGCGUUCGAAUUCUGACAAUGAUCAAGUCAAAUCAAAGCCUCUCAGUCAUUCAGUUCUAUAUCCUACCUCUAAUGAACUUCAGGAAGACUACACUGGUGGGAAUGCUGCGAUGGAAAGACGGCGCAGCCGUACUGUUGGCGCAUCUGACUACGAAAGUGUUGGCGUUCCGCUAAAGUUGAGCUUAAGCAAACUGAGAGCUAGGUCUGAUAGUAAUUCCGUGGAGCCAUCUAUGGGAACUAACAAAGAAAAAGCAUCCGCAUCGCCAAAUUUGUUGACUAGUCCAUCCGUGUCUUCUCACUUACGUCAAUCGAGCUCCUCAAAACAAUUCGGCACAAGUUCAAGAAGAAGCAGCUCCUUGGUCAGUGCGAUUGGCAACUUUGUUACAAUGCGAUCAGCAAGUGUCUCCAGUCGAAAUUCUUCUCCAAGGUUGACCAUUAACUUCGACGAUCUCCCGAAGCCACCAGAGCCGAAACUAGAUGAAACUUGCGAUCAAUACCUGAAAAGUAUUUGCAGCUAUGGUAAGUACAUUGCGGUUAUCCUAACAAGUGACGAUGACGACUUCAGAAAUAAGUGUCUAUUCGAAUUCCUGAAAAGUGAGUUUGAUUUCUCUAGGGAACCGCUAGACAUCUCGUUACGAAAGCUGCUUAUGUUUUUAGAGCUUCCGAAGGAAAGUCAGCAAAUUGAUCGAGUUUUGUCUGAGUUUAGCAAAGUAUACUAUGAACAAAAUAAAGAUGAGUGUCUCUGGAAAGAUCAUGAGGAGGUUUUUUUCAUAGCAUUUUCGCUGCUAGUACUGCACACUGAUGCCUUCAACCCUAACAAUAAAAUCAAGAUGACAAAGCAGGAAUUUGUUAAGCUUAUGCGUUACGAUACAGGAUCUGGGGCGUCACAAACCCCAAAGGAAAUACUGGAAUACUUUUACGAUAAUAUCACAGCUCGAGAAUUCUCGAAAUGUGAUUCCUUGGAUCUUGGUGGUAUCGAUAAUACAGCUGCUAUAGAUAUUGAUUCAGCAGCAGAUCCAGAAUCGGAUUACUCUCCAAAGAAACUUAUCAGAGAUGGCAGGCUUUUGGCUUCUAAUGGGACGGGUUUUGCUCCUGUUUGUAAAGUUGAAAGUGCCAACAAUCUGAGCCCCUACGUAUCUAUGGGGCCCAGCAGCUCCUCAACCACUUCAAUCGCAGCCUCAUCGUCAAGAGCCGAUUCCCUAGACAUAUACUUUCGCAUCGCCAGUGACACAUUGAAAACGGCGACAUUGGAAUCACAAGUGGAAUUACCAUCAAAGAUCGAGGAAGCUGUUAGUGUGUCUGACUCUUUGAAUUCUCAGCAUUCAAAGUAUCUUUCAAUAAUAAAAGAGACGAAAGGCGGGUACUUGCGGCUUCCGCACUCAAUCUUAGAUUCUCUCACCGACUCCCACUUCGAAGAUUUGUCAUCUGAGGAUGAAGAAAGCGAGUUCCGUUACUUGAAAAUUGUACAAAUGGGGGACAUUCAAGAGCUCGUUACUAAUAAAAAGUUCUCAAUUGUCGGUAAUGUAAAUCGGUUGAUCUGGAAACGUCACUUUGGAAUAUUAACAACAUCCUGUCUUCUACUUUUCAACAGUAUGGAUUGGGUCGAACCAAGGAUUGAAGUCGACAAGAAAACAAGCGUGUCAAAUUACAUUAUAGAUUGUCCGAUAUCUAUCCAAAUUACUCAUAAAUUUGGUUGCAAUGGUCUUUUCGCCAUUGACAAGUUAAAAUUAAGCGGUACUGACCUGGUUGGUUCCAUGGUCCGUGACCAUAGCUUGAGUUCGCGUUCCAUGUAUGUGUACAAUCAGAACAGAAAGUUGACAUUCGCAUGCCCUAAUUACCAAGAACGACAAAAUUGGGUUGAUGCUAUUAAUAUUGCCGCGGCAGUUGACGGAUGCUUCAUAGAGAUUGACGCGAUACCAUACACAGUUGUGAGUCCGCGAAGGUUUACCACGGUUGAGAAGUUGGAAAAACUGCAGAAUAAUUGGAUACAGAGAGAAGAGAAGUUCAACCGUACUAAGACGCUUGUUAAAUUUGUCCGUCGCACACUGCCUUUAAAUAACAAAAUUCGUUCCGCACUGGUAGAGUACAUGUCACAUCUGGAAAAACGUUUGGACUGGUUGCAUUACGAAUCCUGCAGAUGUGUAGUCUUUUCUCAGAUUUUGCAGAUACUGAGCAUAGAUCUCGAAGAUAUGGCAUACAAUAGCGAGAGCGAUAGUUCCGUUGAACAGAGUUUCUUCUUUAGUGAGGGUCUGGAACGUUGUAGGACUGAUCAUUCCGCCGAUCAAGCCCGAGACACAAGCUUCAGCUCCGCCGGAAUUCUAGCUGAGUACAAAUAA